AUGGAGAGCCUAGUAGCAGCAGUCACACGCAAUGGCUGGCAGAGAACCUCUGAACCCGUAUGCUAUCCAGAGAGGUCUAAGGGGAAGUGGCGGCUACGGCUCAUGUUCACAAGCCGGAAAGGAGACAGGGCAACGAAGAAGGGAAAAUCGCUCAACAGCCUCGGGAUCAUCGGCCGACCACAGGAACGGCAGUUCAAGCGACAGCGGCGGGCUGGCUCCGACGCGACCCGCGCGGAAUUUGCGAUGCAGCAGAUGCUCACCAGCCGCGAAAAACGCUCGAAAGAGCGGGGUUGGAGAAGGAGAGACAGAAAGCUUCGAAAGGCUUUCGAUCAACGUGGAGCCUACCUCGGCGGCCGGAUCAAAGACUUGACGGCAAACGUUGCAGCCAACGAGCAACACAUCAAGCGUCUCCAGGACGCCCUCCGGACUGGCCACCUCCCCAGCCUUCUCCUCCCCCUCCCCCUCCCUUCCGUGGAGGACGGAAAAUCGCUCAACAGCCUCGGGAUCAUCGGCCGACCACAGGAACGGCAGUUCAAGCGACAGCGGCGGGCUGGCUCCGACGCGACCCGCGCGGAAUUUGCGAUGCAGCAGAUGCUCACCAGCCGCGAAAAACGCUCGAUAGAGCGGGGUUGGAGAAGGAGAGACAGAAAGCUUCGAAAGGCCUUCGAUCAACGUGGAGCCUACCUCGGCGGCCGGAUCAAAGACUUGACGGCAAACGUUGCAGCCAACGAGCAACACAUCAAGCGUCUCCAGGACGCCCUCCGGACUGGCCACCUCCCCAGCCUUCUCCUCCCCCUCCCCCUCCCUUCCGUGGAGGGCGGUGAGAGCGCGGGCGAUAGGACGUGGGCCGAGGACACGGGAAAACCGCCGGAGGAAAAAGUAGCCGAGAAGCAGAUAAUCCGGUUGUGGCAGCAAGCGUACUCAUCGUUGGAGGUGCUGAAUGAGGAGCGGGAGCGCGACGUCAAGCAGCUGGAGCUCACGCGGAAGGCGAACGGGAUUUUGUCCGGCUGCAAGCGNUGGCCACCUCCCCAGCCUUCUCCUCCCCCUCCCCCUCCCUUCCGUGGAGGGCGGUGA